GUCUGUUCUACAGGUAGUGUGUAUGUUAUGAGGUAAUGGUCUGUGAUGUCAUCACUUUGAGUGAGUUUAUCUACACAUCAGUAAUGGAGCAGUGUCUCUACAUACUCCUGUUUUUAACAGUUCCUCUCGUCCUGUCUGUCCCUCGUCAGUACUAUCUGAUCCAGCAGGGGAAAAACUGGAGUGAUGCUCAGGCUUAUUGCAGAUCCACACACACUGACCUGGCUAUCAUCGACAGUAAUGACAACAUGGUCCGACUUCAGAAUGAAGCACAGAGACAUCAAUUCAGUUCCAGUGCUUGGAUUGGACUCUAUAAUCCCAUCAACAGCUGGCACUGGUCCAUGGGGAAUGUGUCAGUAGGAGCUUCAUGGUGGAAACCAGGUGAACCCAACAACAUUGGUGGACAUGAGGAGUGUGGUAUGACUUCUCCCUCGGGUUGGGCGGAUGUGAUCUGUACUAAGUUAAUCCCCACUGUCUGUUUUGAUGUCAGUAAAACUGGAAAUCGGAGGUACAUUUUCAUUUCUACUACUAUGACAUGGCUUGAAGCUCAGACUUACUGUAGACAGCAUCACACAGACUUGGCCAGCUCAAGAGAUGCAAUUGAAGACUCAGUUAUAAAGGCACUGACCACUGGAUGGACUUCGUUUGGUCUGUUCAGAGACUCCUGGAAGUGGACAGACCAAACCAAUUUCUCUACCAUCAGCUGGAUGACCGGAAAACCUGAUAAUGCCCUCGGGAAUGAAAACUGUGGUUAUAUAAAUAACAGUCAGGCUGUUGAUGCUCUGUGUUCAGACAUAAUGCCUUUCUUUUGUUACUCAGAUGUCACAGGAAAACAACAAACAUUAAGAGUGAAGGUCCAAUCUGAUAAGGAUGUGAAUGAUCCUGCAGUGAUGACGGCCAUCUUGGAGCAGAUCAACCAGAAACUGAAGGAUGAUUUGGGGACAGAGAACAUCACAGUGAAAUGGCGUAAACAACCAGAUGGAGUUGUGUUUCACAAGCUGAAAGAAGAAAAAAAUACUACAUUAGGUCUGCCCACAGCCAUGGAAAGUGCAGAGCUGUUAUUUCAGCAUCUUCCAAUGGCCAAACUGAACGGGAGAUCCAAGAGGUUAGCCGUUUUCUCCGAACCUUCUGCCAUCAUAACCAGAACUCUUGGAGCCAGUUUCUCCCAUGGGCCGAGUACGCACAGAACUCCCUACGUUAGCAAACCACCGGCCUAA